GGGGAAUAAUGGCGCAUGCGCGGUGCUGUGGCUGUUCCUCGGGCUCUUCUUCCGGCCUCCUCAGUCCUUGAUUAGGCUUAGGCGCAAAGAUUGCCCCCCUCGUUCCAGCCAAGUCGGGUUGACCUUUGACCUCGGAAGUGAACAAGAGUUGUGUUCGCUCUACGCGGGGAGGGGGAGAUCGGGGGUGGCCGUUAUCCGGUUUGUUUCCGGUUUCAACUUCCCCAGGGACCACCCCAGUGCCUUGGAGUAGCCUUUACAGUUUACCCCUUCCUGCUCCGCCAAAAAGCCCUAUCGACCACCUCCGAUGGUCUCCCCUUAACCCUUAUUGAGGUUUUCUUCCUUCUUGGCUAGCUUUUUUUUUUGGUAGGAGGGAGAGUCUCUACUACUUGGGCCUCUGCCUCGUUUUGCUCGCCCCCGUUUUGGGUGUCCUCAUCGGUUCUGGGUGUUCUGGGUGCAGAUCUUCCAGAGGGUGGCGGAACCUUUCUUGGAAGCAACGAUGGCGUGAGGGGGGGGGGUCCAGUGGAGGAAGAGGAGGUCGGGGGAGGGGGUGGCUGCUCGGAGGGGAAGCACGGAGCGGGUCGCCACGCCUGCUUUGAAUGGGAAAUUCGGUCGUGCCGUGAAUCACCCCCUCCCCCCGCUGUUAGGGAAAGGUUUUUGAGGGGGGUGCAGCUAAUCCCAAAAAGCAGGGUGGUGGGGGGAAAAGGGUUCUGGAUUUUCCAGCCCUGUGGAUCAUGGGCCGUAAACUGCCUUGAUGAAGGACAUUGGGAGUGCCAGCUGGGCAGUGGUUUCCUUGAGGAGGAGGAGGACGAGGAAGAGGUGGCCCCACCGUGGACAUGGGGUCGCAGGUACUGCAGAUCUUACGCCAAGGCGUCUGGGCCUCACUGACUGGGGGCUGGUUCUUUGACCCACACCAGAGCACGUUCUCCAAUUGCUUCCACCUCUACACUUGGAUAUUCCUGCUCAUCUUCCCCUUCCUACUGUACAUGGUGAUGCCUCCAAGUGUUGUGGUGGCAGGCGUGUAUUGCACCGUGGUGGCCGUGUUUUUCACCACUGUCAAGACUAUCAACUAUCGCCUGCACACCAUGUUUGACCAGGGUGAAAUUGUGGAGAAGAAGAACUCGGUGCUAGCAGAGGGGACCAAGGUCGAUGAAGGAACUGCUGUUGAUGAGGGGAACCUGACCAGAGACCCUGGUGGAGUGGAGAUGACCGUGUUCCGGAAAGUCAGUUCCACGCCUCCUGUGAGGUGCAGUUCCCAGCAUUCUGUGUUUGGCUUCAACCAGGUCAUGGAUCUUCUGCCUCACUUGGAGGAUGGGGGCCCUGUAAGAGAUAUCAAGGAACUUGUCCGUGAGCAAGGCAGCAACAAUGUCAUUGUCACAGCAGCUGAUCGGGACAUGCUCCAGCGCCAUUCCCCUGAGAACUGUGCUGCUGAGGUUCCUAGGGUGCCCUCUGACCUAGAAGGUGCUAAUAGCGGCCUGUUGCUUGUGCCCAAGAUGGAGCCAUCAUCCAGCGGGAGGAAGCUGCCCCCUUCUCUCCCAGUCCAGACAUCCAUUCAGAGCACAGACUCGUCCGAGCAGUCCCCCCUAGCUGAAACAAGCUCACGGCUGCCACGCUGGACCGGCAGCGAGUCGGAGAGCGUGGGGGACACGCCACUCAGCCCCCUCAUCAAGAGCAGCUUGAGCGAGGAACUCAGCCAGAGCUUUCUGAGCCUGGCGCUCCCCGAGGCGAGCAGCCACGGCCGCCGUGAGAAACGCCACUCAGGGACUGACUACCAGCCCCUGGAACCCCGACCGGAGCGGCCUGUCAAGGCUGGCUCUUCAGACAGCUGUUUCAGUGGCACGGACAAAGAGACACCCAGUACCCUGAGCAGUUACCGCAGCGAGAAAACCAAUUCCACCCACCUGGACAGCCCCUCCCUUGGGCCAGCCCCUGGAGAGACAGCCCCGGGGGAGGAGGCAGUGACUGGCAUGUCUCCGCCCCCAGACGGCGGCAGUGACACAGAUGCCCUUUCGGACAGCGAGCUGCUGCGUUCCCCCGAGUUGGGCCUCCUUGGGGAGCUGAGCUUCGACACGCAAAACACACUAAACUCCUUGGACACAGUCAAGGGCGACAUUGAACUGUGGGGUGGCCCUGAGCCAGAGCAAGUGGUACGGCCGAAGGAGCUGGGCCUCAAGGGUCGCAGGCGUCUCUCUGGCAAACACAGCAGCUCCUAUUUGCCCAUGCGCACCCUUCUGGACAGCAAAGCUUACACAGAGGGCUUUUUUGCCGAUGAGGACUCUAGUGACUGCAGCGACUUGAGCCGUGCCUCCAGCUUGCACUCGCAACACAAUUACAGCACCGAUAGUUCUUCCAGCACCUCUUGCUACUCUCCUGAGUGUCAUGCCCCUGCCCAGCAUGGGAAACACCACCUCGCUGAAGCCAAACCCCCUCCGCCCCCACCCCCCGAAGGCACUGCCCUCUCGACCAAACGUUCCCAUUAUGCCCAGCGCACCGGCAGUACGGCCAGUGCUAAGACCCAUGCCCAUGUGCUCAGCAUGGAUGGAAACAACUUGGAGGUGAAACCGCUGGGGCCCCUGACCGUCUCCAAGUCAGAUUUGGAGUCUCAUGCUGGGAAGCUGACAGCGGAGCAGGAAUUGGGCAGCACCGUGCGCAGCCAGUCCGCCAACCAGCCUGGCUGGAGGGGGGAGCUGCAAGCCGAAGGGGCCGUCGGAGGCGCGAGGGCCCACAGCAAGACUGCGGUUCAUUACACUAUCAAGCGCCAUGCAAGCCAUGAAGCUGACGGCAAGCGCCUUUUUUGGCAGGCAACAACUCACCCCCCUCCCGCCCUCUCUGGCCGGUGGAUCCUCACCCAGCUCGGGCCACAGCGACGACACUUCGCAGAGGCGCCCGUGCACUACUUCUAUGAUGAGAGCGGGGUCCGGCGCUCCUACACUUUUGGUAUGGCAGGGGGUGGCUACGAAAACCCAGUCAGCCAGCAGGUUGGAGUGGACCAUGGAACCAACAGUGGCUGGGCACAGACAUCUUCCACAUUCAUUCUAGCUUCCAACUCCUGCGAGAGGUGCUCCCACGCAUUAAUGGUUCUUCAGGGGAUGCCGGAGAUGCCGCGCAGGGUGCCUCUGGAGAUUCCUGAGGAGAACACGCUGAUGAUUGAGGACAAGUGCCACCCGCGCCAGUACUACAAAUUCUGGGUGCUCCCUGGGCACUGGAUGCGUGUCCGUUACGACCGCUUGGCUUUGCUGGCUUUGCUGGAUCGGAACCGGCGAGUUGCAGAAAAUGUCUUUGUGGUGUCACUGGUGAGCUUGGUAGCCUUUCUUGGCUACCUGCUCCUCCUUCAGGGCUUCUUCCGGGACAUUUGGGUGUUCCAGUUCUGCGUGGUCAUUGCCAGCUGCCAGUACUCCCUGCUGAAGAGUGUCCAACCAGAUGCUGCUUCUCCGAUGCACGGGCACAACUGGAUCAUUGCCUACAGCCGGCCUGUUUACUUCUGCGUGGCGUGUCUGUUGAUUUGGCUGCUGGAUCUGUGUGCCCGGGCGGUGCCCUUCCCUCCUGUUGCCUUCUAUGGCCUUGCGCUCUUCUCUGCCGACUUCUUCUACUGUGCCCGUGACGUGGUUAUUGUUUUCACCCUCUGCUUCCCAGUCAUCUUUCUCUUUGGACUCCUCCCACAAGUCAACACAUGUUUCAUGUAUCUUCUGGAGCAGGUGGACAUGCACAUCUUCGGUGGAACAGCUGCCACCAGCCCUCUCACCGCUCUCUUCAGCCUCCUUCGUAGCAUCCUUGUGGCCGCCCUUCUGUAUGGUUUCUGCCUUGGAGCCAUCAAGGUGCCAUGGGGUGACCAGCAUGUGCCCGUCUUCUUCUCAGUCUUCUGCGGCCUCCUAGUAGCUCUCUCGUAUCACCUGAGCCGUCAGAGCAGUGACCCCACUGUUCUCUGGGCUUUGAUCCGAACCAAGCUGUUCCCUGAGUUCGAAAACCGCAAUAUGGAAAGCCCCUCUGUUGGCGUUAAGGAUCCUCUGCCUGAGAAACUGUGCAGCUCUCUGAGGGAGAUCCUUCACUCGGACCUGGUUAUGUGUUUGGUCAUUGCUGUCCUGACUUUUGCUAUCAGUGCCAGCACGGUCUUCAUUGCUCUUGAGUCUGUUCUAGGCUAUGUGCUUUAUGCCUUGGCUGGCCUGGUGGGCUUCCUCACUCACUACCUUCUGCCCCAGCUACGGAAACAGCUGCCCUGGUUCUGCCUCUCGCAACCCGUGCUGAAGCCGCGGGAGUACAGCCAGUUUGAAGUGCGCAGUGCUGCCCAGCUGAUGUGGUUUGAGAAGCUCUAUGCCUGGCUCCAGUGUGUGGAGAAGUACUUCAUCUACCCAGCCGUGGUGCUCAACGCCCUCACCAUCGACGCCCACCUGGUCAGCGCCCCACGGCAGGACAAGUUUUGCAUAUACUGCCGUGCGCUUCUCAUCACCGUAGCAGGCAUGAAGCUUCUGCGCUGCUCUUUCUGCUGCCCUCCGCAGCAGUACGUCACGCUGGGCUUCACCGUCCUCUUCUUCCAGUGCGACUACAAGCACUACUCAGAGGGCUUCCUCACCGACUACUUUGUCAUGUCCAUUCUCUUUAGCAAGCUGUGGGAUCUCUUGUACAAGCUCCGCUUCGUGCUCACCUACAUCGCCCCUUGGCAGAUCACGUGGGGCUCGGCUUUCCACGCCUUUGCUCAGCCUUUUGCUGUGCCUCACUCAGCCAUGCUGUUUGUCCAGGCUGUCCUUUCCGCCCUCUUCUCCACUCCCCUCAACCCGCUGCUGGGCAGCGCAGUCUUCAUCAUGUCUUAUGCCCGCCCUGUCAAGUUUUGGGAGCGUGACUACAAUACCAAGAGAGUCGAUCAUUCCAACACCAGACUGGCCACGCAACUUGACCGUAACCCAGGUGCUGAUGACAACAAUCUGAACUCCAUCUUCUACGAGCACUUGACCCGCUCACUACAGCACGCACUCUGUGGGGACCUUCUGCUAGGGCGGUGGGGCAGCUAUGCCACAGGGGACUGUUUCAUCCUCGCCUCGGACUACCUGAACGCCCUGGUGCACCUCAUUGAGAUUGGCAACGGCCUUGUCACUUUCCAGCUGCGAGGCCUGGAGUUCCGCGGUACCUACUGCCAGCAGAGAGAGGUGGAGGCCAUCACAGAGGGUGUGGAAGAGGAUGAGGGCUGCUGCUGCUGCGAGCCGGGCCACCUGCCCCGCAUGCUGAGCUUCAACGCGGCCUUCGGGCAGCGCUGGCUGGCCUGGGAAGUGGCAGCCACCAAGUACGUCCUGGAGGGCUACAGCAUCAGCGACAACAACGCGGCCUCUAUGCUCCAGGUCUUCGACCUGCGGAAAAUCCUCAUCACGUACUAUGUCAAGAGCAUCAUCUAUUACGUGACUUGUUCCCCGAAGCUGGAGGACUGGCUGGCCAACGAGGGGAUCCAGGAAGCCCUGCGGCCCUGCACCUCCCUCAACUACGCGGACAGCGACCCCACUUUCAACCUCAACAUAGAUGAGGACUAUGACCACCGCAUGGCAGGGAUCACCCUGGCUUCCUUUUGCAACAUCUACCUCGACUGGAUCCAGUACUGUGCUGGCCGCAGGGAGAAGGCAGUGGAACGGGAAUGGAACUCUCCCCUGGUCACCCUGUGCUUUGGGCUCUGCAUCCUGGGGCGCCGGGCACUGGGCACUGCCUCCCACAGCAUGUCAGCCAGCCUGGAGCCCUUCCUGUACGGCUUGCACGCACUUUUCAAGGGAGAUUUUCGAAUCACCUCGCCUCGGGACGAGUGGGUCUUUGCCGACAUGGAUCUGCUGCAUCAAGUGGUGGCACCAGGAGUGCGCAUGUCCCUCAAACUACAUCAGGAUCAUUUUACCUCCCCGGAUGAGUAUGAUGACCCGGCUGUGCUGUAUGACGCCAUCACGUCUAAUGAGGAGAAGAUGGUGAUUUCACACGAAGGGGACCCAGCCUGGCGCAGCGCCAUCCUCACCAACACACCUGCCCUGCUGGCCCUGCGUCACGUGAUGGAUGAUGCCAGUGACGAGUACAAGAUCAUCAUGCUCAACAAGCGCUACCUCGGAUUUCGGGUCAUCAAGGUGAACCGGGAAUGCGUGCGGGGCCUCUGGGCUGGGCAGCAGCAGGAGCUCGUCUUCCUCCGGAACCGGAACCCGGAGCGCGGCAGCAUCCAGAACGCCAAGCAGGCCCUGCGCAACAUGAUCAACUCCUCCUGCGACCAGCCCAUUGGCUACCCCAUCUACGUCUCGCCCCUCACCACUUCCUACGCUGGCAGCCACCCGCAGCUGCGCUCUCUGUGGGGGGGCCCCGUCAGCCUGCACAAUAUCUCUGCUUGGUUCAUACGGAGCUGGGAGAGGUUGCAGAAGGGCUGUGGGGCCGGCUGCAACAGUGGAGGGAAUAUCGAGGACUCGGAUUGUGGCGGUGGCUCUUCCUCCCUCAGCAAUAACCCCACAGUCCAUGGGAGCACUGCCCACAGCGCUGGACCGGUAGCUACACACACCCCUGAACCGGCAGUUGCCACUGCCCAGCCUCAGGCAGGACUCGAGUCCAACCAUCCUCCUCAGAGCCAAAGCUGGCUGGUCCAGCCCCAGCCAGCCCCCUUGUUGAGCCAGGGCGAAGGACGGCCUCUGCCUACGCCAGCUGCAUCUUGGCCCCCUGGCCCACACUUCUUGGGAAGCCAACUUUCGUGCGCCGGCUCCUUGGCUUCUGUGGCCGAGGGGACUGGACGUGCCCCUCUGCCUCUCCGCCCAGGACUCGGAGCCUCCUCUGCCUUCGCUUAUGAGGGCCUCUGUGGCAAAUGGAGCCUGCCCAGCUGCAAGGGACUGAACGGGCUGGCAGGGGGUGAGGUUGACAUCCCACCUGGAACACCCCCAGCAUGCGCUAAAGAGAGUUCAUCACCUUCUGCUGUCGCUGCAGUGGGAACAGUGGGUGCUGGCAGCAGUCCUAAACCUCAGCCCCCCACCCCGGGACCCAUCCCUGAAGGCAGCAGUGACUCGACCCCAUUACCUCCAGAACUGUUGGCAACACCCUGUGGGAGCUGUCCCAGGCCAGAGUCCGCCCCCACUUUAGCAGAGUGGGGGCGGCAACGAGAAGAAGAAGAUAGCCCGGCAGCUGUUCAGCCGCUUCUGGAACAUCAGUACUAAGGGGGAAAGGAGCCUUUGAUGUCCUACAGAAACACGGGCUGGCCCCGUCUGACUUUCUUUCUCCCCCCCUUUCAAAAACCCUUUGUUUCCUCGUUCCUUCAGGACCAUGGACAGCAAUAAGGGGAGUGGGGGCUUUCCUCCUCAAUCGCUGCAGCCUUCUGUGCCCCCAUUCCCCCUUCCCUCCCCCUUUGCCUGCAGGAGCGGGCUCCGUCUUCUGGGACAUGAAAGAGUGGAGGACCCUGUGCAUUGCCCCCUCUUCCUGCCCCAUAUGGGACCCACCUUGGACACCAAGUCCCUUUUGGUGACACUCAAGGAAGAUUUCUGUUCUCGUCGUUGUUCCUUGGGAUUAUUAUAUAUAUUUUUUUGUUUCUCCCUACCCCUGGAUUUUUGGUUGGUAUAAAAAUUAAAAACGCUGGGGGGAAAAGCUUUGCACAAUGUUUUGAGGA